UGCGCGUGCGCUGGGCCAGGCAGCGUUCAAUGCAUCUGCCGGCAGCCGACCAGGGCAGCAAGCAGCAGCCGCCGCGUGAACAGCACACGACGCACCGCGAGCCGUCCUCGCAGCGGCGUCGCAGCAGGAUGGCCGAAAUGGUGCUGCCCGGCGAACGGGCCCUCACCCAGGUGCUGGCCGAGCACCCGGGCGAACUGAUGCGCACGGGAAGCCCGAACAUGGUGUGCUCGGUGCUUCCCAGUCACUGGCGAUCCAACAAGACGCUGCCGGUGGCGUUCAAGGUGGUCACCCUCGGGGACGUUUGCGACGGGACCCUGGUCACGCUGCGUGCGGGAAACGAUGAGAACUACUGCGCCGAACUGAGGAACGCUUCGGCCGUUGUCAAGAACCAAGUGGCCAAGUUUAACGACCUCAGGUUCGUCGGCAGGAGUGGAAGAGGCAAGAGCUUCACCAUUACCAUCACACUGAGCACGAACCCGCCGCAAGUGGCCACGUACACCAAGGCCAUCAAGGUCACCGUCGACGGACCCCGGGAACCACGCAGUAAGACGCGCCAACAGCAGCAGUUAAGGGCGUUCGCGAGUGCGUUUGGUCAACGACCUCCGUUCCUGGACCCGCUUCGCGAAUGGGAUCACCUCCGGAGGAAAACGGCCGAACAGUGGGCACUGGACAUCCCACGGAGGAUACCCGGAGCAGGAGCACAUCACGACCCCAGCCAAGUCCUGCACCUGGGCACGGACCCACACUGGGGCCCGUACCAGCAUUACUCGACGUACCUGGCGGCGGCCGGCCCAUUCGCCACCGCGCCUCAGGCCCUGGGCCUCGACGGAACGGGUCCGCCCCCCGGUGGAGAUGGGUCGCCGUCUUCCUGCCCCUCCAGCGGUGCCUCGCAACUUACCCCUGGUGACCGAUCGAACGGCUCCAACAGCAACAGCAUGACCGGCGGAACGGUCGGAAGCAACGGCCCUGCUGGCGGCGCUGGGGAACAACCUUCGCCGUCGGCCGUGGCCGCUGCGGCAGCCGCCGCCAACCUGGGUCUCAAGGUGGACCCGCUGUUGCUGGGCCGAUACGGCAACGCCGUCGACCUCUGCCUCUCCGACAGGCUCUCCGAGCUUCGCCAGGGACUCGCCGGUGUCAACGGCGGGUCGGCAUUCGCGCACCAGCCCAACACCACAACCGGAAGCCUACUCGCGACGACCGCAGCGGCCCCAUACCUGAGCCACGCGGCCGCGGGCUACGCAGCGGGACUGCUCGGCCCGCACGGGUACUACGCCAGCGCCAACGGCGCCACGUGGCCUCCCGCCCUGGCGCCGACGCUGCUCUACCCUCAACUCUACGGCGGCUCCGUGGGCCAACCCAACGCCGCCGCGGCCGCGGCUGCUGCCGCUGCUGCAGCCGCAGCUGCGGGCCUGCAUCCGGGUCUCCAGCUACUGCGCAAUGAACUGAGGGCCGCCAGCUUGCAUAGCGGGAGCCACCAUCACCCUCUGGGUGGCGGGGAGUCGUCCUCCCCCGACAGGUCAGCGACGGCGUCUCCGACCAUGGACAGCGACGUGAGCUGUUCCUCUCCAAAGCACGCCCGCUCCCAAGACGAUUCGGAGCGUAGCGACCGGAGCAUAUCGCCGCCACCUCUGCCUCUUCCGAUGGCCAUGAUCGACGACGUCGUUGCCAGGAAGAAGCCAUCCCCGCUGACGGCAACGACGUUGACGGGUGGUGCGACGCUAAGCAAAGCUGCCGGAGGCACCCCGCCCGUGCUUCCGCUCGUGGUCCCGCCGCCUCCGAGUGUUGUGAGUGGUGGUGCACGGACAGGUGGACUGGUGACGACGACGAGCACGCCGACGGUGCUGCUGUCGGCGUCGGGUGCUACGACGGCGACGCGGGGCUCUUCUCCGAACUCUGCGAACGCGGCGACCAACGGACACGGUGGCAGUGGUGAUUCUUCGCUCUGGAGACCGUACUGAAAGAGAAAUGUGACACUGACGUUUCUGUGCGCGCGAAGAAAAAUGCCCGCUGACGCCGUGUCAGGGAGAAGAAAAGGUGCAGUGCCAUCCAUUGUACAUACAUGUAUCCCAGCACGCCGAGGACUUUCUGUGAGACAAUGCGUGUUUCGCUUCUAUUUUUGUCACACUGUACUGUCAGACUGGUCGCACUCCUGCGGCUAUUCUGGUGUGCUGUCAACUACAACUGAAUCCUAGGGGAUGUUCACGCAGCCUAGCAACAUUCUAGCCGAUUUCCGUUGGGUGGCGUACAAAACAUAGUCACGUCUUUAAAGAAGCAAAAAGGUGGCAGCUUUAAAUUCGAAAGUUGAGCCAGAAAUCCCAAAAGCUGUCCUACUGUAGAGUGGUUCGAAAAAUGAGCACGGCCGAUUGCGAUAGAGGGUAUACUACUAGCGAAGAUGGCCAUAGCCAGUUGAUCAAUCCAUUCAAGUUACGAAAGUGUACAAUUACCGACCAACUGAGCAAAGGCUCUGAUUUCUUGCAGUUAGGCACUGUCCGGCUUCUGAAAGUCAAACGUGUGGAAGCGACAUUCACUCUUUUUCGAAGUGGAGAAAGUGACGUGGAGCUCAGGUAGCCAUAAAUAAAUAGUUCGAGAAGAACGCGAUGGCGACAGACAAACAACGCGCCGGAUUCGAUGCUUUUUAAGCGCCUCUAACAACGUGCGCUAUAACCUAGCUCCAACCUAGGAAGCCACAGGAGCGGUAAGCCGAGGCCUUUCAGGACGUCAUGCGGAACAAAACCAGAACCUAAAAAUAAGGGGAGUGAAUAAGCGGUACAGCUACACAGUGCGUAGGGGCGUUCUUGUGCGUGGUGCUUGCGUGGCCCGCGUCGCACAUUGUGAGAGAAAGAAGAUGAAGAAGCGACGUUUCCUCGCGGGGCGCAAAUCCAUUCAACUGCGGCGAUGUGUUGUGUUGACAGAAGGCGCUGCUUGCGGAGCCGGUGAAUCGGGAAAGGGGCGUAAAGGAGGCUGGCCUCUAUGUGUACAUAGUGUGAGGGAGGGUAGCUGUGGGGAGAGGGAAACUGAGAGCUGAGCGGAACGAAGAAGGCUGGGCAGGUGUAGUAGCGUGGGUACGGACGUUCGAGCAAUGACUUCGCCGCUGCCGGUAUCCUCGUCUUCUCGCCGUCUUGCAUUUGACGUCUUUCUUUUUGUUUUUUUUUUUGUUCGCUCGUACGCUUCUUGAUCUCGGAGUCGUAGCGCGUAGGGAACGCGCGCCUUCCUAGACGUAUGUCACGCGUGACGACGUUUUGUCGUUAAUAUUAUUAUUUUUUUCUGCUUCGUCCAUUGGCAGCCCACCCGACCAGUGCCGCUCGUACUAUUCGCUGGUGAUGAAAACCAUAGAAGGACUUCUUUUGUAUGGCGUGUAUAUUUAUAGACACACAGAGAGGAAACACACGAUGCCAGGUCUGGAACACGUAUGCGAGUUUUUAAAAAAUAUAUACAAGGGCAAAAAUAUAUCCAAAAUUUCAGAGAUGUCGCAUGUCGUGUGAAAGGUCUGGGUGGAGUUGGCGUAUAAAUAAAUAAAGAGAAUGUUUCUUUUCUUCUGUGUAUUUAAUAC